AUGGAUUCCAAUGCAUCGGGCUUUCUUCUAAACAACUCGACUCUCCACUCAGUUUAUUAUCAAAGCAAGGAAGAUAAUGGUAUUAUUGAUCUUGGUCUUAGUCUGAGAACUUUACAACCUGAAGCCUACCAUCCAUCUACACAUGUGGUAGGCCUGGAAGCAUACAGUGACCUGAUAAGUUGGCCCGAGGCGAAUUCACAGUUGAAAAGCUCCAACACUGCACAUUCGAGGCUUGCACAUGGAGAUUGUGAUGAUGAAGCAGAGGGGGUCCAGAGCAGAGAGAGGUGGGCUUAUGCCAAGGUUAAUAUGGAUGGGGUUAUGGUUGGUCGCAAAGUUUGCAUGCUUGAUCAUGUUGGUUACUCAGGCCUAGCACGUCAACUAGAGGAAAUGUUUGGGAGUCAAACAGUAUCGGGGUUAAGGCUGUUUGAAGUUGAAUCGGAGUUUUCCCUGUUUUACCAGGACAAGGAGGAAAACUGGAGGAAUGUUGUUGAUGUUCCAUGGAAGGAGUUCGUGGAACGUGUGAAACGGCUGAGGAUUUCCCGAAAGAAUGAAGCUCUUCAUCCUCGUUCAUCAUCAUUCAACUAAUUUAUUUCUCUUGUUCCCUCCUGUAUUAUGGUUUUGAAAUUUGUACGGGUUGCUGUGACCCUAUAAAGUGACCAUGACCAGAAGAAGGAAAAAAGAGAUAAUGUGAAAUGAAAAUGGUAACCAGUGAACUUUGACAUACAUUUUUGGAUCAUUUUUACAGAUUGUACCACCCAGAA